AUGAAACCCCUGUCAACAAGAUCAACACAACACCCAUGUCACUGGCCUCAGCACGCCACCGCUGUCAACGCGUACCGACCUCAACACGCCAACUCUCUCACCGACAUCAGCACGCCACCCCUGUCAUCUACCUCAGCAUGCCACCCCUGUCACCGACCUCAGCACCCCAACUCUGUCACCAACUUCAGCACGCCAUCUCUGUCACCGAACUCAGCACGCCAACUCUGUCACCAACAUCAGCACGCCACCUCUAUCACCGAUCUCAGCACGCCACCCCUGUCAUCGACCUCAGCACGCCACGCCUGCCACCGACCUCACCACGCAACCUCCGUCACCAACCUCAGCACGCCACCCCUUUCACAGAACUCAGCACGCCAAAUCUGUCACCGACUUCAGCACGCCACCUGUGUCACCGACCACAGCACCCCACCUCUGUCACGGACAUCAGCAUGCCACCUCUAUCACCGAACUGAGCACGCCACCCCUGCCACCGGCCUCAGCACUCCACCGCUGUCACAGACUUCAGCACGCCACUUCUCUCACCAACCUCAGCACGCCACCUCUGUAACCAAAAUCAGCACGCCACCUCUGUCACCGACAUCAGCACCCCACAGCUGUCACCGACAUCACCACGCCACCCCUGUCACCAACCGCAGCACGCUUCCGCUGUCACCGACCUCAGGAAGAAACCUCUGUCACCGACCUCAGGAAGCCACCUAUGUCACCGACCACAGCACGCCACCCCUUUCACCGACUUCAGCACUGCACCCUGUCACCGACCUCAGCACGCCACCUCUGUCACCGAUCUGA